AUGAUGGCGUGGGUUACGGUCAACAGAACUGUCUCGGAGGCAUUCGUAGUGACCGACGGAGUGAAGCAGGGCUGCUUCCUCGCUCCUGCCCUCUCCAGUCUCCUCUUCACUGCCAUGCUAAUGGACGCCUACCGUGACGGACGCCGCGGGUUCCGUAUCGCCCACAGGUCAGACAGCCAACUCCUCAACCACCGGCGGAUGCACUUUCAGUCGGGUGUAUUCACAUUGGCCGUGUACGAACUUUGCUUUGCCGACGACUGCACACUGAAGGCCACCUCUGAAGGGGACGUGCAAAGGAGCAUGGAUAUCCUCGUCGUCGCCGCCUGCGACAACUCCGGCCAGGUCAUCAACACGGAGAAAACAGUGGUCAUGCAAGAACCGCCACCCGAUGCUGUCUACGUCGCGCACCAAGGCAAUGUAAUCGGCGCGCAACGGCUGGUCGUGGACAGCUGCACAUACCUGGACUGGACCCUUUGUCACAACACUAAAAUCGACGAUAAAGUGGUCCACCGGAUUUCCAAAGCCAGCCGAGUAUUCGGCCGUCUGGAAAUCACAGUUUGCAAUCGCCACGGUCUACACCAAACUGAAGAUGUACAAAGCGGUCUUCCUGUGGACGCUGCUGUACGGAGCAGAGACCUGGACGGUAUACAAGAAUCAGGCGCGGAGACUCAAUCACUUCCACCUCAGCUGUUUUCGACGGAUACAGAAGCUGAGGUGGCAGGACCUGAUCCCAGUCACGGAGGUACGAGAGCGGACGGAAAUCCACAGCACCUACGCAGGAGUUAUACCCACAAGUGCUCGUUCUGGGAAAGCCUUUGUCAUUUCCUUGACAUAUCUCUUAACUCCGUUCUGUUGCGCGGCCCUUUAAUUCCUCCGUAUAAAAUGCUUUAA